AUGACACAUGUUGCCGCGCAGGGUCUAAAGACGGCGUUGCAGCUCUUUGAGAGUCGCUUUGCGAUGCGCAAGGAUGUCUCUCUAAUUUCAGCGGCGCCGGAUGAGGAAGUGGAUUUUUUGUGGCGCUUCGUCAUUAUUUGUUUGUGGGCGUUCUGCAUUUAUAUGCGUGGGUACGACACAAUUCUCCGGGGAUGCUCGCCGAUUGCUUUGGAAACGGCGAUCCUGCUCCUGCGCGUCAUCCUUGUGGACGACGAGGCUUUGAUGAAGCGGGAUGAAAUCAUGGCGUCGGCAAGCGGAGGCGGGUGUGCGCAUCGCGUGCACAGCACACUGGGCGCGGGCGUGCGCAAUGGUGGGCUGCAGCAGAAACAAAAAGAACGUAUAGGACCUCGAACGGCAUUUGCAUUGGAGCUGUUUGUAUGGUUUAUCGUGAUUAUCCUCACGAUUGACCUUACAAACAUUAAUAGAGCUUCAGUGGCGCUCUUCCUGGCGAAUACGCUUCACUGGUCGCGAAUUGGGCCAAAAUUGCUGGUGCUUUUCAUCGGAAUUUACGUUUUUGCGACGUGUUUUUGGUGUCCCGCGUACUCGCUGCGAGAUACUUUUCUGAUGCUUUCAGGCCAGGGCUCAUGGGUGUAUAGGGUGUACUCAAGCUUUGGUAUGGCCUUCUCACUAACCCUAUUUUUGACGGAAACGCAAUGCCUUCAACGCGUUCGUCGCGCAGGGGUUUGGAAAGUUCUUAUGAUACCUAGGGUUCUUGAGAAAAGUGUUGCGAACACACCUCUUAGUGGAUUAUCAUCUGUGCUGCGAGGUUUGGCGGACUACUUCUUUUUUCUGGGAUUUAACUUUUGCAUGGCGUUAUGCAUGUGGUUCUCCAGCAUGAUGUUUGAGUGGACUUCUGAAGCCUCGUUUACGGGCAUUAUCUGUGCGUUCUUUGUUGUCUCUGCUAUUCUCGGAGAGGGAUGGGCGGAUGAUUUUCAACGCAUGCUCCGGGAAUCCGUCGCUUGCCUUGCGAUGUAUCUAGCCGUUGCCACCCUUGUUGUUUUCUGCAUACCCGCCGACACACUACCUUUUGCUGCGAAUGGAAUGUCUUCGGCAUUUUUUGUCCUUUACAUGGCCGCCCAUUCCCCUCGGCGCGUUCACUCGUCACUGCCGCUGGUGAUGGUUUGGCUAGGGAUGCUGGCUGUGAAUGCGUACUGGCAUGUAAAUCGCAGUGGGGUGAAUGCGCUGCAAAUGACGUGGAACAAGAAGCUACUGUAUGUCAACACCAUUACCUCCUCUAGCCUCUUCAUGACUUUCACCGCCCUCUACGUGUACCGAUGGGAGUGGCCUGUAGUCUCUUCUGCGGCGGCGUUUGGCGUGGUGCCAAACGGCGUGUCAAGACUGGCAUCCAUCACACGGGCGGAGCAGAAAUCGAGAGAAAAAAGCCACAACAACACCGCCUCGUCGGUUUCCAUCGCUCUGGAGAAGGCGGCAACCGCGACGUUCGCAACGACGUUACUCCCAGGGAAGAGAACUUCUGGUGGCGGCGACAAGGCGCCAUCCUUUACGUUGUCACCCUCAUCGGCCUCGCCCUCGACCUCUUCCUCGAGCUCGUCAUCUGCUUUGCGCCGUGUGGGAAAUGCCACGCCGGGCGCCUCCACCGGCACGGGGAUAGGCGCCGUGGAGCCUGACAAGUGCGCUCAAGCGCGUGGAGAGGGCACGGCGGCGCCUUCGGCCGGCGCCUCAGAGAAGCUUUUGACGUCUCUCUCUGACGCGAACACCGUUUCAGAGCGCCAAUCGUGUGAAGGCGCGCAUGAGCCUCGGGCGAGUUCCACUACCUCAGAGCAGGAAGAAGGGGAAGACGUCACCGCGGAGGAAACGAUAGACGCGAAGACGACGCAGGAUGAGGACGAUGGCAGGCGGUUACCUCGGCUUACCGCGUCGGAGGAGGCCCGACCCACGACGCCCCCUGUGAAGAAGGAGCUUGUGCAAAUCAACGCGUUUGAGCAAGAACCACCGUUUGUGCCUCUCACGUCACAGACAAAGAGAAGAAGCGUCAACGAAAAUGCUGCUCCCCGCUUUGCUGCCGCGAAUUCCUCGUCCAAGGUUGAGCCCUCUUCGCUCUCCAUAGCGCUAUCAUCGCCUCUGCAAAUGAGCAGUACUGCCAGCAGUGAGGAGCGACGAGGCGGCGCUGCUGGAAAGGGCAAGAAAACGCCACGACGUGUUUCUCCAACGAGGGGUGAAAACAGGAAACAACACAAAAGCAAUGAGCGUGUCGCAGCAGUGGCCGUGGAGAAAAUUCAGUUCUCUGAGAAGGAACCCCCUUCCUUGCAGUCGGUGGAGAAAGUGGCGCAUACUUUGCCCCUGCGUGAGUUGAAGGGAACUUCGGCAAAGGCGCCGCCCGAGUCCGCCACCGUCGUACGCAAUAAGGCGCCAGUCACAGCUUCUGCCGUGCGUCGCGCCGCAUCAGAGAAAGCGACAAACGCUCGCAAGGAAACUACUACAAAAACGGCACUUCACAAGGAGUCUGCAGCUGUUUCUCAUUCACAGCCUCCUUCGCGGGUCCCUCCCGCUAAGGCGGUGUGCCCCGAAGUUACUGGGCCGAAAGGACAAGCGGUCAGGAAAGCCUUGCCACGUGGGGAAGUGGCGGCCGCUGAGACGAAGUUCCAGAAGCCACUACCUCCACAUGAAAAAAGGGCGGAGGAUAGACGGCGUGCGACAGAAGCAGCAGCGGCGGCGAUUAUUAUUUCGAGCUCCGCCUCAGCGUCUCACGGGGGAUUGGCAGCACAUAAUGAGCACCUGCAUGAGGGGAAUACAGUUUCAAGUGAAAGCACAUGCGUCAUCAUUCCGCAGCCAAGAUCCGCGCAAACCAAUUUGAAAACAACUUCUUUGUGUUCACUCACAGUUGCGGCAGUCAAGACGCUUCCAAGAGAGGAACAGACGUGGAGCAAGCAACGGUCAUCGACGAAGAGUGAGAAGGACAAGUGCUUUUCAUCUAAAAAGAACAAAUGUCCUUCUUGUGUCUCAUCACAAGGGGAUGAUGAUGCUUCUCUGGAUUUGGGCAAGUUGCACCUUGCGUCACUGCCCGAAAGCGAAGCGGAAGGGAAUUCUUCGCGAGGGCUUAGAGUUACACCGACGUUUGAGUCGUCGCGUUACAUUCCACAGGCCACACUUCAUUCUUUGGAGAACUUUGCCAAGGCAUAUAUGCCACGUGUAUCGGCCUCCGGCAACACUGAUGUGGAACGGCGUGCCGAAGUCGCUAAGGGAAAAGACGCACAGAGUUGUUUGAAUGUGAAUUCUUUGAGGCCUAUUGUGGAGAACGAAGGCCCACCUCUUGGUGCAAUUGCGCCUGCAGCUGCAGGCUGUUCAGCUACGACUUUUCCAGAAUCCGUCAGUGCUGUGCCGCAUCAAGUGACAUCUCAAAUGUUUUCAAUGGGCGUUGCACGGGAUGCACGCAGUGCAGCUCUCUACCAACAAGCGAACUCCGCUAUUCGACCACAACUCACGGCAACUCCACGCAUGGAGUCCCAUGCAGUGGUCAUGCCGCAAAAUCCGAUGCAACAGCAGGUUCCCAUGAUGCUUGUGGCGAUGGGUGAUGGUCGGUUAACGUACUGCCCUGUUCUUGCCUCGUCGUAUCCCACGGCACCGCCAAUUGUGAUGCAGCCACAGCCUUUGGAGUCGGCCUUAAUGGCACAGCAGCAUCAGCAACGAGGCGUGUUGUACCACCAGCAGCUCCCGCUUUCCCAUCCUCAGCCGCCGUAUCCCGGGGCUUGGUCGCACGUGAAUCAGCAGUGA